UGGAUAAUCUCGUGUUGAAGUUAUAGAGAAAUACUUCUUGCUUCUGACGUGUGGUAAAUGCUGUGAACAGCUCUUCCUAUUUCCUGCAUGGUACUCUCGGCCGCUAGGGAAAUCCUUACACCUCAUGGCAGAUCUUCAAAUAGGUAAAUACUAGGAAUUCUUGGCAAGAGAGUGAUAGCGCUGGGCGGUGGAGGUACACGAGGAAGGUCACGAGCAACAGGCAAGAUUCUUAACCAUAUCCUGCUGCGGUACGCUCACUCUCGCAGUCGUGCUCAGGACACCGUAGGGAGUGCAUCGCUUGUUCAGCGCAGAUAUCACGCCGACUUCUUGACUUGAUAUCUCAAUUGUUUGAAUGAAUACAUAUUUUAUUGUGGAAAACAGUGCAAGAAUACCGAUGUAAUGGGGCACUUGAAGCACUGGUUAGUUUUGCUUCUUGCUCUGUAUGUGAGGACAGUGAAAGCAUUUCAGUAUUCUGACUUGCAAGCUCUGAACGCAAGUUGUCUUCCAAAAGACAGCUGUGCUCUCGAUAAAAAUUCUCGCCUAACUUUCCCUCUGAACUGGAAAGAAAGGAAUUGUAUGUGUGAUAGUCUUUGUGCUUAUUAUGGUGAUUGCUGUCUCGAUGCUCCGUCGUACAACAGAGAAGAACAAAGGACCGGUGUCAAAUCGCAGACAUGCGUGAUACUUCGGAACUACGGCGGCGUCUACAUGAAGCGUUCAUGUGCCGCUGACUGGAACUUCGACGAUAAAGUGGUUGAAAAUCUGUGCAAGUCUGCGGUUCCCGACACCGGAUACGAUCGUCCAGACCCUUUGGUCUCAAUGCCGGUCACGAGUCUUGAUACUCGACUGACUUACGCCAACUAUUACUGCGCAUUGUGCAACCACGAGUCGGAAAACUUGACACCUUGGAAACCGCGAAUAGAAUGUCCAACUCUUAUAAACGCUGAUCUUAAAGAAAAGAUGGAUUUUGCAGAAGUAUAUCAGUCUUUAACAUACAGCAACGACUCAUGGGUCUUACCAGCAAAUGAGUCGGGGACUGAGAAGUUCCACACGUGCUUCAUAGAUCCUUUCAUUCCUGACGCCAUUGUUGACGACGUUCGGCUGUGCAAGGAGACCGUAUCUACGUGUCCCAGCGACUACAAGAAUGACGAAGUAAAGGAGCUUUGUGAUUCUUAUACAGCUAUUCUUUACCAUGGUAUGGACAUUUACCGUAAUUAUCACUGUGCUCUUUGUAACAACGAGUCCAGUGACAGCCUGUCGUGUUACAGCAGGCAAUACAUUCGCUUUAAUUUCAGAGAUGAGUUUAAUCCAGCCGCGUUUUCGAUCCUCUUUGACUUCGAGGAUGGAAACGGCAAUAGUCGAGUGGGAUUCAAGUGCGAUGAAACUCAAGUUUGGGAUCCAUUCUUCAAGAAAUGCCGGCAGGUGAAGUGUGCUCGUAAAGGCUCAUCGUACCGAAAUGGACGAUGUCUAUCGGUUGAGGAACCAAGUCAAGCAACCAAUGUGGAUAAGGGUGCAAAUUCAACGGAAAUGAAUAAAGAAAACGACCGUUUUAUCUACAUAAUCUCCCCCAACAAUUCUAUCCGUUCCAAUGCUACUCACAAUUCACAAAAUAUAAUUGUGUUCCCAGAUGAAAUAGUCCCUAUAACCACAGACUUAUUCCCAAGCACAACUGAAGGAAGUCUCAAGCAGUCGUUGAAUUGUAAUCGUAUUUUACUACCAUUUGGAGAGUUCGAGUUUCGAGAUAACAGUACAGUCUAUGUUUCUAAAUAUGACAGACUUCUAUCAGAUGACGAGUUUGAGACACAUAAAGACGGAAUCUUGGUGUGCCUUACCGUCACCGAGUCGCAAAAAUUCUCUUCUGUUAUGGGCUGGAUAUCCUUGACAGGCUUGUGUGUGUCAAUAGUUUGCCUAUUGCUGCAUCUAAUUGCCUUUGUUUUGGUCUCCGAGAUGCACAACUUAUCUGGUAGGAACUUGGCUUCGCUGAGUUUGUGCUUGGUGGGUGCUUACAUUUGCUUUAUUCUUGCCGUCUUCGGCGAGGAAGGUAAACUGGAAUGUGUUAUCUUAGGCUGUGCCAUGUACUACUUUUUCUUAGCAUCUUUCUGUUGGAUGAACGUGAUGGCCUACGAUAUUUGGAAGACGCUUCGAGAAGCAACAAACGAAUUUAAGUUAUCGGCUGGCAAGCAAUGGAUGAGGUCUUUAGCUUACAGCGCCUACGCGUGGGUGUGUCCAGGAUUGGCCUUGACCUUGGUGUGCGUCGUAGACGCUGUUGAGUGGCCAGGUUAUCCUGACUCUUAUUUGCCUAGAAUCGGCGAUCGACUUUGUUGGUUUGGAGAGCGCAAAGCCCUUCUCGUGUUCUUUGCCGCUCCUCUCAUGCUCAUCAUGGUUAUCAACGUUAUUUUCUUCAUUUUGUCAGCGCACAUGAUCGCAAGCACAACCUUAUCGACGGCAAAGUUCUCAACACAACGCCAACACCAAAGUCUGUUCAAACUGUACAUGCGGUUAGCCUUGCUGAUGGGGUUAACGUGGAUAGUCGGUAUCCUAGCGGGCUAUAUCCAACAGGAGGUCUUAUGGUACAUUUUCAUCGCACUAAACACUUUUCAGGGCGCUUUCAUUUUCGCCGCUUUCACGUGCAAAAAGAGAACCAUGAGCUUGCUCGGGUGCAGUAGAGCGCUGCGAAGAGCUUCGCCACGUACCAUUAUGGACGCUUCUAGGAGAAACUUGAGCGCUCGCCACUCGUCGGAGUCGAACGCCUCGCGAUCUUCCGAUGCUCAGCUGUCGCCUCAUGCUGAAACGUCUUCAACAAGCAUAGAAUUGUGACUUGCUGUAAAAUAAACUCCCAUAUCUCUUCUAAGUGUUCAUUAUCUAUGAACUUUGUAAAAAUACUAAAAUUUCUACUCAAUUUUCAUUUGUACUGUUACCUCGCUCGCCUAGAUUUCUUACACGAUUCAAUGAAAAUCUGAGAUGUGUAAUCUGCUCAGAAAUGAUUAAACUCAAAUUAUGCUCAGAAUCGGACGCUCAGAAACGUGUACCGUUGAUUUAAUAGUCAUAAAAUUUCGGAUAGAUUUUGAAUGCUCGAAUUGGACGGUUGAAAUGUAUUCUUGAAGAAUAAAUUAAAAUUUGUACUUGUAAUUAUUUCAGGCUGUGCAGUCAGUAUAAAUGUUUCAAGCUAUAUGCCAUUCAAUGAUUACUGGCAUUAAAUGGAGAAAAUGGCACCCAAUUUAUUUAUUUUCGAUAUAUUUGAGACUUUUAGUAUGAAUUGUGAACGCUACCUAUUACUGCUAUAUUUUGAGUGAAACAAUUUAUGUGCUAGAAUUAUGACGAUUUGAUGUUGAGCACUCAGGAGCACUCAAACUAUUGUUUCCAACAAUUUACUUAGUUUUAUUAAAUUUUGCCACUUACAACUAGGUUAACAGUUUAGCUGGUUUAACAUCAAUUACGAAAUCGAAUCAUCAAUUACGAAUUACGUCCUAUAAUUUUAAAUAGACACGAGCUUGGACCAAAGAGAGGUUACUUUGAAUCGGUAAUUUGAAUUGGAUAACACUUAACAUUCACAUAAGGAACAUUCCUUUUUUAUUUCGCAUUCAUGAUUUUUAUACAUAAAAUGUUUACUAAUAGAAUUGGUUAAGAUCUCCGAUAAAAAAUAUUCUACUCUGUAUUCUCAAUUGGGGUAAAAUAUCCUAAGCUCGUGCUUGUGAGUGAAGUGAGAAAAGUGUUUAGGUUUGAAAAUUGAUGUAUGUUUUACAUUUGUUCUCGACGCCAUAAUUUGUUAUUUUGUAAUCACUCAUCAUGCAAUUUUCUCGCAACUUCCUUCACUGAAUGAAUUAUUUCUCAGUGAUUGUAGGAUCAUCUUGAAAAUUAAUUGAUGUCUGCAAUACUAGAAUUCCCAAGUGCAACUAGUGUCGUGCAGAGCUCUACUUUGUAUAUAGUUAAUAUAGAUAAUAUGCUGUAGUAGAGCAUCAUGUUUUUUGUGUAUUUAGACGUAAACGAUUCGGUUAAAAUCAAAGUUCAUAUGCGUAUCUCCUUAAUACUAAUGUUUAAACUAACUUGAAUAUUGCUCACUUUUCCUCAACUCAUGUUCGUAACAUGUUUUUUCUAUCUAAGUCCUCUCCGACCAAUGAAAAUAUAAUGAUCUCCCAGCAUAUUCUCACUAUAUAACUUCUUUGUGACCGAUAUUUUAUGUAAUGAUGUUCGCUGGACACGAAACUUAAGCUUUACUAGCACUAAGUUCCUAGUAAGAACUUGAUCGUUAUAUGUUUGUAUAUAUAUUGGUUCUUAAUGGGUUACGAAUGCGACUUUUUUUCGCAGUGUUUUUACAAAUUAACGUUUUUUUUUGUUAUUACGUAAAUUCUGCCAAUGAUGAGGCAAAAUUUAAAACUUGGAUGUUCUUAUGUUUGAAAUGUUCGUUAAAUUUUGUCGUUCUGAGGACCCGAAUAAUGAUCGUAAUUAUUUAUUGAUGUUAGGAAGUCUACAGCUUGAUUGCCUUCGAUGCUUGAUGUCUGGAAUGAAUUUUUUCACUUGCGUAACAAAUUUUGAGUGAUAUAACAAAAUAGCAAAGUUUUCCGCUGCAUUGUAGAAAAGGACGUAAGUGUUUCAAGUUGAUAUGUUCCGUAAAAUUUAUCCGUAGUUCCGGGAUGUUUGAAAACGAUGACGUGGCUCCGCUAAAUUCUCCAACUUCCCGUCUCUCGAAUUAAAGUCUACGGACUCUGCGUUCCUAGUUUCAUCUUAAGUCGUUUCUAACAGACUAGACAAAAUAUUUAUUAAGAAGUUAGUAAGGAUGAUAUUUUGGACAUUGAUAGUAUACCUGUUUAAAUAAUGUUAUACUGCUAAUUUGUGAUAAAUAGAUGAAAAAUGAGCAUACUUUUUUUUUAAAGUACCAGACCAAUAUUGUGAUCCUUAUCCAUUACAGGUAGGGACAUCAUUUGUCUGACUCCAAAAAUUGUUGUUACCAUCACUUGAGUUACCAUUCUGUCAAUAAUUGACUAUAAUUAAUGGAAUUUAAGUAAAGGAAACUGAUGCAGCAUCAGUCUUUAUUGUUUGUAUUUUCGGUGCCUAAGUUCGGAAUUUGCAGAAUUUGCAGGAGAUUUGAAAGUUUAUAUAAGUUCAAAGUUAUAAAUAUUUACCGUGUGACAAAUUAAGCAACUGAGAAAUUGAUUGAGAGAACAAAAGGCAAUUUUGUUGUGCAAUUUUAUUGCAUAUUCAACUGCCUAAUGUAUGCGCUAUUGUAAAAACUUCUAAAAUUAAAAUUUUUUGACGAUAGACGGUCGAACUGUAUUAUGUUAUUAACUCAAUGAGUCCUUAUAACUGAUAGGGUGCUAGUCCUAGCGUCUAAGAUGUGGAGUUAUCACUAAUUGCCCUACAAUAAAUUUAUGAACUAAA